CCAGUGCUACAGAAUGGCUUAAAACAUCGAGCGCAUUUGAGGAAAAGUGGAAUUUCCCUCAUGCUAUUGCUUCAAUUGAUGGAAAACACGUAUCCAUCAAAGCACUAUCAAAUUCUGGAAGCCAGUUUUUUAAUUAUAAAAAAACAUUCAGCAUUGUCCUUCUUGCUAUGGUAGACGCCAACUAUAACUUCCUUUUUAUUGACGUCGGUUGUCAGGGACGUAUAUCUGAUGGUGGCGUUUUGGCAAACAGCCUGAUCUAUCACAAACUGGAACGGAACGAGUUGAAUAUACCCCCUCCAGAAAUUCUCCAAGUUCCGUAUCAGAUAAAGGUUCCAUACUACCUUUUGGGUGAUCAGGCGUUUGCCAUGAAAGAAUACUGCCUCCGUCCAUUUGGAGGAAUGCAUGCGGCAGAUUCUGUGGAGCGUCAUUUUAACUACAGGCAUUCUCGGGCGCGUCGAACCGUGGAAAAUGCGUUUGGCAUACUAUCACAGGUGUUCCUAGUGUUCCUGAAACCGAUAGAGUUGGAACCGCCCGUAGCAGAUAAGGUCGUCUUAGCAGCUGUUUACCUGCACAACUUUAGACGACGACAUACGCUAUACAAUUUUUUCGAUGCACUUCUGCCACCCAGUACAAGUCAGCCUUCCUCAUCGAUGAUAAUAGAAGAACUGGAUGAUGUAGCAACACCAGCUUCAAUGCUUCCGAUCCCUGUUAUACCCAUUAGGCCAACCAGAGCAUUGCAAAACAUGCGAACACAUGUAGCCCAUCAUCUUAAGUGGAAUGACCCACUUUCUUAUCCUCUACCACAACCCCGAAGAGCUGCACAAUAAUAGUAACAUGAUCACUAGCAUUAUCAUCAGGUCAGGAUGGGAUUUGAUCCCCGGUCCUGCCGUAAAAACCGUUGCUGGUAUCCACCUUGGCAAUCGAACCGCCCCGUAUAUACAUAUGUGUGGCAGCGCUAGGAACUAUGGAGAAUCACUUAUAUAGAUUACUUACGGAAUUCAAAGUUGGCCGCGGUACCGUCGU